CUAAGACUACGAGCUAUAUGCCUACACAGUGCUAGCUGCUCCACAGUUUGGUUGUAUACUCGGCCAAAACAUCUGGCAUCAAGUUGGUCAACCAUCCAUGCCACUCCAUCGCCGCAUCAGUGAAGACAUGUGUCCUCUCAUCAUGGUCCACUGCUCGUCUAUCUAUCAUACUCCUCGCCUCGCCUCGCCGUUCUGCUGUCUCAGGCGUUCACACCAUCACCCACUCAAUGGCCAUCGUUCAAGCCACGCAGCGGCCCUUCCGUUCGGCUCUAGCAUCGGCCCUGGCAGAAGGAGCCUCACCCGCCGUGAUCUCGCCGUUUGCUUCCAAAGGUGUUCUGUUCCUGGGCCGUCCCCCUGCAUAAGCCCCAUUCCCAGCAAUCUGUGUGGUCGGGAUGGUUGGAUUAGGAAGCACACACGGGCCAACACCAACCACUGUUCUAAUCUGAUGACAGUCAAAAGGCCAGAUAUAGCCAGUCUACCCUCUCUCUAUCGCCUGCUUUCUAUUUCCCGGUCUUCGCUACUAAUAGCAUUGCUGGGUUCCAUGCGCCCCAGCGGCGGGUCCUCAUUGUACCACCUCUGUGCUCGCUACGUCGAUACCUGGGCUCAGCUUCGAGCCUCUGGAUAUUCUAGAGCCUCAGCUCCGACCUCGGUGCGGUGUUCAGUAUCACAGCAUAGACCCGGUAUGUAAUCAGGCUCCUUCCGUGCCUCGUUACCAGGCGUCUAGUUUCGCACCAGCCCUCGCCGUCUUAAUCGCUCCGCGCAAUCCUCCCCCUCCCACGUUCGA